UGCGGUGGGCGGAGACUGGGGGGGCAUACGAAUCUCUUCGAGCUACGGUGCCCCGGAGGUAGGGACGGAAUAGCGUCCCUGGGAGCCGUGGUCCACUUGGAUCCAGAGCGAGAAGGCGGGACGGCUUCUACGGGACUCCUGGGCCGAUAAAAAUGGAAACUACAUUGAUAGUAAAACUGAUUGUUUUACUACUAGAAUGGAGCACGUGAGAGAUGAUCUUCUACAAACCAUUUAUGUCACAGAUGAGAUUACUGUGACCCAGAAAAGGUGAAUUCAGGAAGGGGCACCAGCACAUUGGGAAGACCGCUCUGUGAUGAAUUUAUGGGAGGACUGAACAGUCAGGAUGAGCAGGCUUGGAUGGAUUGUAACUUAUGUUAUUGGAGAAAAUAACUCACAUCAGUGUGAUCACAGAUCUCUUGCAGUACCUAACUCAUAGAAUUGAGAAUCAGAUACAAGUACUUUGUAAACUUUAAAAUGUUCUAGAAAUGUAUAUUUGAAGGAAUAUUCUGCUUGUGUUUAGGUUGGAGAUACUACAAUUAUUCAAGAAAAUUGAGAUUGAACAAAUAACAUUUUGGGAAAAAAAUGGAAGCUUCCUAUCAAGUUUUAGACCAGUUAUAUAAGAAGAUGCUUCUUGGAGCUCCACUUGAAAGUGACAGCCAAGAAUAUGCAUUUUAUCUCAAUCUACCUUUUUCAGCCCAAGAUUUAUCCACAUCAAAUUUCCUGAAAUGGCCAUGUGUUCAUCAUGGUAAUCAAGCCACUUCUGUCAACAUGGAUGGCAUUUCUACUCCUUCUACAUCAAUAAAUUUGAAAAUGAAUUUUCAAGUUAGUAAUCCCAGAGAUAUAAUGCUACUUCAAUUAACAGUCAUCAAGAUGAUGAUAACCAAAAUAUUAUCUAAAAAAUUGGAAUUCAGUAUACAAGAGAAAUAUUGUGAUAUAAUUGAAAUUCUUUUAAAGCCAUAUGAACUGGAAUCUAAAUUAAUCAGCACGUUCCACAGUUCUGAUAAGUUGUUGUCACAUAUGGCUGCAAAGUGUCUUGCCUCACUAUUGUAUUUACAACUAAGAGAAAAGGCUGUAGUAAAUAAAACAUGGACAGCUUUUUGUUUAAAAACUCUUUCUGACUACCCUGAAAGUAAUACAGUCUCAUAUUGUCUCUGGAUUCUUACAGCUGUAAUAAAAGAAAUAUUGAAGACUACAUGUUUACAGAAAGCAGAAAUAUUGAAGCAGUUUUUGACAUCUUUUGAUUUUCUUUUUGAAGUCUUUUACUGUUCAGUUUUUUCUCAGCAUUUUGAAAACUACGAAGAUACGUCAUUAAAUCCUAAAAUUACGAAUUUCUUGAUUUGUUUUCUGGAGUUGCUUGAAAUUCUUAUGGCCUCCAGAAUUCACUUGAAGUUAUAUCUCACUUGCCAGAGGAUUUUUUAUUUGAAAAUAUUUUGUGCUUUGGAUAUUAUUACCUGGCCUAUUCACUCUUUAGUCAAAAAGAAGUUCAUCAUCCUUAUUAAAAGAUGCCUACUACAUAAAGUGGGUGAGGAUGUCCUAAAUACUUCACUUCCCACUUUAACUGAACAAGAUCCUUAUUUAGAUAUGGACAUGUUAGCUUUAGGUAAUGCUUUUUUGCAAGCUGUGAAUUUGGGAUGGUUGAAGCAGUUAUCUAUUAGUGCAAAACCAAGCCACUUUGGAGGCAAUGAAGUUCAACCUGGAAAUAAAAGUGGUGUUGUCCCUGAUCUCAUUAUCAUCAGAGCAUCAAGUCUGGUUUUACUGAAAUCCUUAGAAAUCAAGGUGCAUAAUUGUAUGUCAGCAAAUGAAGUAAAAGCUGAAUUACAGAAGUUCAUGUCCGAGUUAUUGACCUUCUUAAAACAGCACCUUCACUCCUCCCUGAAAUUGCAUCAUCACUGUGAAUGGCUCUCUAAAAUCUUCAUAGAACAAGACGAUGACAUGUUGGAAGCUGCAAAAGCAUCAUUAAGCAUUUAUCUAAAGCUUACUAGAGCAUGGAAUGAAGCUGCUAAGGGCAUGACCCAAGAAAAAGAAACUUGGGACCAUCAGACACAUGAAAAUGGCUUUAAUCCUCACUGUAUUUUCUUAUUUCUCUUAAAAAAUAUUGGGUUUGAUGCAACAGUUCUACUUGACUUUUUAAUUUCAUCAGAAACUUGCUUUCUUGAAUACUUUGUUAGGUAUUUAAAACUGCUGCAAGGAGAGAGAAACAAUUUUUCAAAUGUUUGUGAGUUAUUCGAUACAGCAGAAUUAAGAGAUGAGGUGUAUGCUUCUAGUAUUGUCACUUCACUUGUUGAAGAAAGAAGCAGCAACCAAGCUACUCACCAGCCUCUGUUCUGUGGUACGAAUUAUUAUGCUCUUUUACCCUUGGCUUCUGACACUACUACUUCUGGAACAAAUAUGGAACGGAAAGACAACCAGACUGUGAAAUCAAAGCAACCCAGUGUCCUGAUAGGCGUUGAUGAUACAUCUUCAUCGGGAGCCUCUCAGAGCCUAGUCGAUUAUGACGGCUCAGAAGAUUCUGAAGAGGAGUCAGUGGAGGAAUGUUUAUCAAACAUCAAACAGACUCCUUUAAACCAUCAGGUCAUUACAAAGAUAAGGGGAACGGUCAGUGCGACUGGAGGAAAGAGCCAGAAGUACCUGGCGUCUGCUGCCAGGCUUCUAGACCCGAAAGAGUUUUCUGCUUUGUCAUCUUUUGGUUGUGUAGGAGCCUCCCAAACGGUACUAUCUUGUAAAGCAUUGAAGUGCUUGAAAGAUCUAGAAAAGGCAAUUUCCCGUUUGCACAGGAGACAUCUUUUUCCGUAUAAUCCUUCAGCAUUAUUGAAAUUGUUAAAACACAUUGAUGCAACAAAUAGGAAUAAAUGAAAAUUGGCUGUUUUUUUACCCUUGAAAUCUAGCUUUUUUGACUCUUUUUGGUGUCACCACUCCACUGCUCAGACUGAAUCUCAGCAUUAUUAUUUCAGUUGCUUUUACUAACACCAUGGACUCUGUCAUCUUGUAGUCCUGUUGUUCACCUCCUGCUUUAGGGGCUGAGCAUUGCUGGAGAAAGUUACAAAAUAGUAUUGAUUUUUUGCAAAACAUAUUAAUGCUAUGUAAUCUCAGAUCCUCAGUUUGGCUUUAAAAUCAUUCAUCUUUAAUGGGCUUACUAUUGCUUUCCUUGCAGAAUUUGUUAUAGACUCAUUCCGCUUUCAUCAGUCCCCCUUUUACUCACUGCAGAUGACUUUGUUUUUUACUUCAGUUUGACAACAGAGGCCAUUUUAUGGGAGUGUUCCCAACUUCCAUCCUUCCUGACUCAAAAGUUUUUUGUCUUUUCCUCUCCUUUUCAAAAGAAGAAAUAAAGCUAGCUGGCCCAUGGUAUCCUUUAUCUUAUUCUUUCUCUCCUUUUCCUGGUGUUUGCUUCAUUGUUGUAUUUUCUUUCUCAUUUUUAACCUUUAUAUUAAACCUUUAACAACUCACCAUACCUUGAACUAGAAGAUCUGGCAUGUACUAAUAAAUCUUCUAACUCAUAACUGUACUCUUGGUGUCUUUUGCCUUCUAAAAUAUCCUGUACAUUGUUGCUGAUUAGUUUUCUUUGAAGCAAGCUCAGAUAAUAUUGUAUACCAUCUACACCUACACAAAGAAAUCUUUGCUUUUGUACUACUUACUGAAUCAAGUACUGAUUCCUUGGCGUCACAUUCCAGUGCUACAUAAUUUGAUUCUGUCCUGUCUGCUCUUGUCUCCUACUAUUCCCCAUCAUACACCCUGGGACCAGAAGUGACUCCUUUCCAUUCCCCUAAAUACUAGAUCCUUCUUUGCCUUUUUGCCUUUACUUAUAGCACCUCUUUUUUGCUCUUUCCCUACAGCUUUGCUAGCCUAAUUCAUACCCAUCAUUUAGGACCAAGCUCAAAUGCCAUUUCCAUGAAGUAUUCCUUUAGCUCUCCAAGUUUGAAAUAAUUUUCCUCUAAAGUGCUUCUUAUUAAACUUUCAUAUGUGUUAUAUAAAAGCUGUACAGCAAAACAUAAACUUCUUGAUCAGUCCCCAUUUCAUUUUUCCUUUAUAUACUCCAGUGCCUAGCACAGUGGCUUGUAUACAUUGGCAUUUAAUAAUUGUGUGUUGAAUUCAAUUUAGUUGUUUACAUCUCCCCUGUUAAAAUGUAAGUUCUAUUAAGACAGGGACCUUGUCCUCUAUAGGAUCUAGCACUGUGCCCUGUGUGUGUGUGUGUGUGUGUGUAUGUGUAUGUAUAAAUAUAUAUAUAUAUUAUAUAUAUAUUCAACGUAUUCAAAUCAAUUAAUUUGUAAGAAAUCAGAUGGAAUUUUAUUUUCAAGAGAUUUUAAUCUUAUUAGAGGAUUAAUUUUUUUAAGAUGUAAUAAUAAUUAAAAAAACCCAACCAUAACUGCAUAGCUCAAAUCAGAACUUUAUUUCUUACUGGAGCCAACAUAACUAACAAACAGCCUGAUAACUACAAUAGGGCUUAUAAUGAUUCUCAUAAGUAAAUAGGAUUUUUGCUUGUGAGAUUAAUCUUGAUAAUGCUAAAGAAAGGGUAGGUAGACUUUUAAUACGUUUUUAAUUUUACUUUUUAAUUAACAUUUUUCUUUCCCUCUCAUUUCUCUCCAAAGAGGUGGGCUGGGAAACCCUUACAAAGAUAUGUAUAGUCAAGCAAAACAAAUUUCCACAUUGGCCAUAUCCAAAAAUAUAUGUCUCAGUCUACAUCUUGAAUCCAUCACUUAUCUGUGAGGAGGUGGGUAGCAAAAUCAUAAUCAGUCAACAAGAGUGUAUUGUCUACUAUACUGUAGGUACUAUAUUCUGCUAAAGUCUUAGAAAACAAUGGAAAGAUAAUAUCUGUUCUCAAGGAGCUCACAGUCUAAGAGACAACAUGAAAACAAGACAUAUACAGGACAAAUUUAGAGGUAGCCAAAAGAGGAAAGGCACAUAAUGAUUGGGAAAGAAUUUUCAUAGAAGGUGGGUUUUUAUUUAGCAUUUGAAGGAAGGCAGAAAAGCUAAGGGGUAGAGAUGAAGAGGGAAAGAAUUCCUGGCAUGGGAGACAGCCAGUGAAAAUGGCUUAUGUGGAGAUGGGAAUGUCCUAUGCAAGGAACAAAAAGGCCAGUGUCUUUGAAUUCCAGACCACUUGAGGGAUGAGUAAGGUUUCUGAAGACUGGAAGAGUAGGGGACCAGAUUAAGAAGGGCUUUGAAACUCCAGAUUUUGCAUUUGAUUCUCUCUAUGAUAGGGAACCAAUUGAGUUUUAAUAGGGAAGUCACAUGUUCAGAUCUGUGCUUUAGGAAGAUCUAUUUAACAGCCGAGUGGAAGACUGACUGGAGUAGGUCAAAAAUUGAAGCAGGGAGACCAAUCAGCAGGCUGUUGUGGUAGUCCAGGUGUGAGAUUAUAAGGGCCUAUACCAGAGUGGUGGCAGUGUGAGAGAAGAGAAGAGGGCACCUCUAAGAUGUUUUAAAGGUAAAGUUGACAGGACUAGGCAGCAGAUUGGACUUGGGAGAUAAAACUAGAAGCUGAGGGUGACUCAGCUUAGGUUGAGAUACUGGAUGACUGGGAGGAUGGUGAAACCCUCAACAAUAAGAAGGAAAGGUUGAAGAUAGGUUUUGAGCAUGUUGAGUUUAAGAUAGGCCAUCUAAUUGAGAUACUGGACAUUCUGAGAUAGUCUGGAGAUAGGUCAGGGUUGGAUAAGUUGAUCUGAGAAUUGUUAGCAUAGAGAUGAUUAUUAAAUCCAUGAGAACUGAUGAGAUCAUGAGAGAAGAGAAGGGGACAGUGGGUAUGACCUUGACAAAGAUCCACUAAAGGAGACAGCAGUAGUUAGAAGGCAAAUAGGGAUAUAGUAGAGUCACAAAAAGAGAAGGGAAAGAGGGUAAUCAGCAACCAGAGGUUAAGAAGGAUGAAUAUUGAAAAAAGGUCAUUAGAUUUGGCAAUUAUGAGAUCAUUUAUAACCUUGGGCAGAGCCAUUUUAAGGGGUUUGCUGGUAAAUGUUUUAACAAUUAGUUCUCAGAAUAAACUUUUAAGUUUGAUUUGCAUUAACAUUUUCUCUAUCACUUUCUUAAAUAUAAAUAAUUAACAAAACAAAUCAAGUCCUGAUUUGUAGUUUGCUAUUUCCAAGGUAACAAUGCUCACACUGAAAAUUUAAUAAUCAGCAAGGGUAUAAGCUGGCUCAUGCCCACCCCUAGCCAUUUGGAUUGAAUGCUGAUGUGGAAAGCUAGACUAGAGAGAGUUAAGAGUAAGAGAAAAGGAAGGGAGGCAUCGAUUGUGGAUAGCCUUCUCAAGGAAUUUAGCCACAAAAUGGAGGAGAAAUGUGAGAAGAUAUUUUGUGUAUGGAUGGAUCAAGUGAGGGGCUUUAUGGGGAUGACGUAGAUGUGAAUUUGUUUGUAGGUGGUAAGGAAGCAGCCAGUAGAUACUGAAGAUGAGUACAAGAAUGGGGAUGCUAGAAGGGACAAUCUACUGGGAAAGAUGGGAUAAUUUUUUUUUUCCUUCCCUGUGUCAGCCAGCCAGGCCAGGAGAGUGGUGGUGAGAGCAGGGUGGAGCAAGGCUGUUUCCUUCCCAAGCUAGCAGGAAUAGUGCAGGCUAGGAGAUAGGUAGAGGAAGCACCAGGUAAGGAGACUGGCCUGAUGGAAUGGCAUUUCUGUCCCUUCCCUGCAGACAGGAAGAAGUAUGGUAAGUAUCCAGAAGGUGGGAAGAGGUCCAGCAAGAAGACUAGAAUGGCAUUUCUCUCUACCCUGCAGUCAGGAUGAGGCCAAGAGAGGAAACGCUUUCAAGAGAACAGCUCAUGUUUCCUUCCCCAGUGCUAAGGUUCCCUUGGGAAUCAUUGUUGAUCAUUGCAUCAAACUGACUUCUUAAAUCUUUUGAAAUUGUUUGCCUUUUUGGUGUUAUUGUUAUUAUGUAAAUUAGUCUCCAGAUUCUAUUUACUUCACUUUGCGUCAUUUUAAACAACCAGGUUUCUCUGAAAUCAUCCCUUACCAUAAUUUUUUCAAGAGUUUCCCCAAUUGAUGGGCGUCACUAUAUAAUGCUGGGUCAAAGAGUACACACAGUUUAUUGUCUUUGGGGAUAUAGUUCCAAAUUGCUUUUCUGAAUGGCUGGACCAGUUCACAGCUUUGCCAACAGUGCAUUAAUAUGUUUGUUCUGGAACCCUUCCAAUAUUUGUCAUUUUUCUUUUUUAUCAUCUUUGCCAAUCAGAUGGGUAUAAGGUAGAACCUUAGAAUUGGGAAGCUAGACUUAAGAACUAGAUAUGAUAGAAAAUCAUGCCUCCUUUUUAUGUUACAGAUAGUACAUUGAAAGUUAGAAACUCAGGAUUUCUCGAUCAUUGACUCUAGCUCCUUAUUUGUCAUUUUGCCUUUAUUUGUUUGCAAAAGGGAAUUGUCUUAACUGCACUGAAUCCUAAAGGAAUAUAACAUCAAAAUCUAGCAAGGAUUGGGUUGUGUAAUGAUGAAAAGUAGAAUCAUAAAUAAUUCAGUGGUUUGUUACCUUUAUACAUUUAAUGCUUAUGCUUUACACCUUCCCAUGUUUUGAAAUAAACUUUUGUCAGUAUUAAUAA